ACCGGAUCUACUUCCGGCUCUGGUUCAGUCACGUGUGUGAACAGAGCAUGACCGAGGUUAAACCGCCGGGCUGGUUCCACUACUGAGUUGCGGGCUGAGCGGAGGGUCAUACCGGGACAUAUACCGGGAACGCUUGUCCGAGUGCAGACCUCAGCUCUCGCGGUCAUGAACGUCCCGUGGUUUAUAAAAGCAGCGGCUAGAAGCGUCGGCGGCUCUGUGGGGUCAGCAGUAUCCAGAUCAGGCCUGCUGUGUUCCUCUAGAACUUCCCGGAAAAUGUCAUCAAGACAAGCUGACCACCUCGAACGGACGGCUAGUAAUUAUAGACAAGAGGGUCUGUUUUCUGCGAGAGUGUGUGGUAUCACGGACGAGUCGAGGAAGGUGAGGCGGCUGCAGCUGGAGGUUCCCCAUCCCGACUUCAGCUUCAGAGCCGGACAGUGGGUGGACUUCUAUAUCCCCGGUAUGGAGAAGGUGGGCGGGUUCUCGGUUUGCUCCAGCCCGGGUCUUCUGCAGAGAACCGGAGUCAUAGAACUCGCAGUCAAAUACACAGAACACCCACCAGCACACUGGAUACACACCAAGUGCACGGUGGACUCUGGUGUAGAGCUGAGGGUGGGCGGGGACUUCUUCUUCGACCCGAGACCCUCUGACCCCACAGUGGAUCUGCUGCUGGUAGCGGGUGGGGUGGGAAUUAACCCCCUGUACUCCAUCCUCCUGCACACGGCCGACCUGCUCCGACAGCCCAGCGGGUACCGCCCUGGCCACGCCCACCUCUGCUACAGCGCCAAGAACACAGAGGAGCUGCUGUUUAAAAACAGCAUCAUUGGCGUUCUCCAUGAAUUCCCAGAUAAAAUCUCCUGUAAUUUCCACGUGACUCAGCAGGGCUGUGAAGUGGAGCCGUACCUACAGCCGCACACAACCAGUGGAAGGAUAUCAGAAGAGGAGCUGAGGCGUUAUGUAGACCCUGUGCGGACGCUGUGUUACCUGUGUGGUCCUCCGCCUAUGAUAGAAAGCGUUAGCACAGUCCUGCAGCGUCUCGGCCUCCCGCAGAACAGGAUCCUGUUUGAGAAGUGGUGGUAGCACCGGACUCAGAGGGGUUCAGCGGCCCUGAAAGAACCUCAGCGGUCAGGAAAAGGACUAACGGACCAGUUAUUUUAUUCUGUACGCACAAUUACAUAUGACUAGUAGUGUUUUUUUUUUUUUAUAUAUAUUUACCUUACCUAGGCCUGUCACGAUAACCACGUUUCUGGUUGACAAACUGCAAUAAAUGAAAUUGCUAACGCAAUUAACUGCCCUUAAAUGUCACAAUGAUAGUAAGACAUCUGAAACAUCCACCAACCAAAUUUACCUUGUACCUUGGCAACACCUCGUACACCAUAGCAACUGCCUAGCAACCACUAAGCAACUUCAUGGCAGCUGUCUAAAAUACAUAGCAAUACAUAGCAAUCAGUUUGUUCUCUCCAUGUCUUUAAAAAUCUGUAAACACACCAGAUAAGGGACAAGACAACAACAUUACUCACUGUACAUCAGCUCAUUAUACAUUUAAAUAUAUUCUCAGCGUUUAAAUCCCACGGUUAGAGCUCUAUGCUGUCUGGAGCUACCAGAGAAAACCAGAGAACGAGUUUACUACGAGCUGAGGGUUAUAGAGGCAAGGAGUCACAAUACCACUUCGAUACAAAGGCAAUGUAAAGAAGAAAAAUUGUUAAUUUUUUUUUAAUUCAGUUCAUCAUUCCUUGUCAAUAUAAUUACUUCAAACAAAUUCACAAUAAAAGAAUGUUUCCUAUGAUAUACUAAUAUUAAAAGAAAAAACAUGCAGUGACUCGGGAGCCUCACCCAUAGGAAGAACAAAUGGAGGCAACACAAAAAUAAUCGUGACCAAUCAACUAAUAAAAAAAAGAAUCGUCAGAUCAGUCAACUACUAACUAUUAGUCACAGCCCUACUUAUCAACACCAUAGAAACCACAUAGGACUGGGGUCUCACUAUCCAGGCACAAUGCCCAAUGGGUAAAAACUUUUUGGAAGACUUUUGGAAGUCCUUACAGUACGUGUCCACUAGCACUUUAGUUUUGACGCAAACUAUUCAUCUGAAUGGUGAGAGCAUAAUGUAAUACAUUUUAGUAGAAUGUACAUAUAUUAAAGAAGUUUAGUUGGACUGGAGUUUGUCUGGAGUUCUCUUGAGUCUCUAUGUGAUGGAUCACAGUAUAAACCAAUAGGAAGUCGGAAUGGUAUGUUUAUACUUUUCUACAUCCAAUCACAAUCAGAUUUACUCUAUUUCAGAUUUAUCUGGAUAGAAGUUUUAAUGAACGAUCAGAAGAACGAAUGAAAAUGAGCUGAAAUGAAAUAGGAGUAAAUAGAAGCUAUUUUUAAAAUUUAAGGAGUAGAAAGUUCAGAUAAGUGUGUGAAUUGUUUGCAAGUUUAUGCAAAUAAAUAUGAUUCAUAUUUAUAAGCCAAACUGAGCUAGCUACAUGAUUAGCUGUGUAAUGGUACUUGAGAUUUAGUCCCAAAAAAAAAAAAAUGUCGUGAACAGUAAGCUAACACCAAAUAAGGACUAUUAACAAAAAAUCUAAAUUAAGAUUAAGUGAUUAAAAAUGUGUAAAUAAUAGAAUUAAUUUACGGGACACAGUUAAGCUUAAUUGUUAAACACGUCAUGUGUUCCAAAUGUGCAUGUGGCCCUGUACUGUGAGACCCCUGACCUAGAAUAACAUAGCAACCACCUAGCAACUGCAUAGCAACACCCUAGCUACCACUAAGUCACAUCAUGGCAACUGUCUGAAACAACACUUACCACACUUUAGCGUCCAUCUAUUGUCCACUUAGCAACUGCACAGCAACCACCUGGAAUACCACAGCGACUACUAAGCAAUACCAUCGCAACCACCUGAAACGAUAUUGUCAUUUUGCAACAACAAUGAUUCAACACGUUACUUUUAUAGUGCAUUUAAUUAUCAACAAUAUUCAGACAAUUGGAAUCAAACUAUAAAAAUUAGUAACACAUUACAUUAAAGCAAUAUCGAGGUCAGCAGGAUUGACUUGGGUUAUGUUGUUCAUAUAUUGUACAAUACAUUGAUAAUGUAAUUAUCGUGACAGGCCUAAAUUACCUGUGCAAUACACUUGUACCAUCUUGUGCAUCCGUUGUUCUGUUUUGACACGCGGCAGCUUAUGUAUUUAUGUAUAUGUAUAUAUAUAUACCGUAUUUUUCGGACUAUAAGGCGCACCGUAUUAUAAGACGCACUAUCAAAGAACGCCUAUUUUCUGCUAUUUUUCCAUACAUAGGGCGCAUCACAUUAUAAGGCGCGUUAAGUGACACUAGAAAGGGUGCCUAUAUCAAAGUGAACAGCACGCUAGCUAGUCACCUAAACUAGUAAAGUUAACCCAAACUUAAACGACAGCGUUACACUGAGUAAUCCUGCGUGUUCUGGUAAGAUAGUGAGAUAUUAGCUAGCGAUUCGUCCCCCGUAGCUUGUUUUAACACGGUAAACAAGCAGAUUACAGGCUGAUAAAACUCACCUCUGAGAGAGUUAGCGCUUAGCAUCUAGCUAAUGCUAGCCAGGCAAAGCAGCACAGACUUACAGGCCGAUAACUCACCUCUGAACGGUGAACGCUUAGCGAUUAGCAUCUAACUCUAAUAAUACUGCUCCAGCAGUAUUAAAAGUGCUAAAUUUAGAAAAUACUGAUCUCUGAACAGUGAAAAAGCUAGCUAGCUAAGCGGUUAGCAUCUAGCUAAUGCUAUUGCUGCUCCAGCCUCGGAGCUGCACGGCUCUGCACGGAGUGUGUGUUUACUGCUCCUUACACCUGACGGGUAAAAUUUAGAUAAUACUGAUCUCUGAACAGUGAAUAAGCUAGCUAGCUUAGCGGUUAGCAUCUAGCUAAUGCUAUUUGCUGCUCCAGCCUCGGAGCUGCACGGCUCUGGACUCUGUAUAGCACUGAAACUCUGUAUAACGCUGCACGGAGUGUGUGUUUACUGCUCCUUACAACCUGACGAGUAAAAUUUAGAUAAUACUGAUCUCAGUGAAUAAGCUAGCUAGCUUAGCGGUUAGCAUCUAGCUAAUGCUAUUGCUGCUCAGCCUCGGAGCUGCACGGCUCUGGACUCUGUAUAGCACUGAAACUCUCUAUAACGCUGCACGGAGUGUGUGUUUACUGCUCCUUACAACCUGACGAGUAAAAUCCAUACAAAAGGCGCACCGUAUUAUAAGACGCACUGUCAAUUUUUGUGAAAAUUAAAAGUUUUUAAGUGCGCCUUAUAGUCCGAAAAAUACGGUACAUACAUACAUACAUACACACACACACACACACACAAUAUACAAUAUCUGUGAUAUCGGAUAUCUAGUACCUUAAAUUAAAUGUGUAACAUUGCAUUAAAAUGUGCCUCUGUUUGUAAAAUAAUAAAUUAAGAUUUCUCAUU